GCAGGACUGUGACCCAUAUUGGCAGCCGGAGAGGGCGCCUGCGGAGAGGCGAGGCAGUGGUGAGGGCUUGAGGAGAGAGCUUAGGUCCCGAGGGCCUGGCUUCCUGGGUUUCUCCCAGAGCAGGUGAGGGAAGGGGCCACCCACCAAGGCUCCGAACACAGAGAUAAAGCAGCAGCAGCACGAAGAUAAUGAAAGGAAUUGCAUGGCGGAACCAGGGCCUCAGCACCUGGGGAGGUGGCAAGACCCCCAUGGCUGCUGCUGGGACCACCAGCCCCUCACCGGCCCCCAGCCAGUCCUGUCCUUCCGCCUCCAGAAGGGGAGAGAAGCCCGUGGUGCCCUGAGGUGUAAAGGAUUAAUGAUUAACCUAUAAGGCCCCUUCCCCUGUGCCCUUUGCCCCAGAGGGCAGCAUCCCAGAGGUGAGGGACCUGAUGAAGAGGAUUUGAGGGAUUUGGUAGUAAUGACGCAUUUCUACAUUUCCCUUCUCUGAAGGGCCCAGGUUGUAGUAAGAGGAAGCCUGGGUAUUGAGAAGAGUCGGGGGUCAGAACCAGUUUCCUCACUGGGCAAUGGUGUGGCCCUAAAUUAACUCUGGGCUUCAGUUCCCUACACUAUAAAUUGAGGAUAAGAGACACGUUGAAAACCUCAUGUGAGGAUUAAAUGAUAAUGUAUAUACAAACACUGUAAAUGGAAAAGCUUACUACAAUUGCUCCAUUAAUCUUACCUAUUAAGUUCAAGCAUGGGGCACCUGAUCCAGGGAACACCCACAUCUAAAUUCUCUAUCCUAUGUGCAGGGGACUUUGUCUUGAUCUGCAUGCAUGACCUCUUGGUUAUAUACUUUAGGCUUUAUCUUUUACAUUUUUGUGCUUUAGUUUUUUAAACUCCAGAUUGGCUCCUCAGUUAUUCGUCAGACCAGUAUUUACUUCCGCAUGCUAGACCUUGUACUGGGCGUCAAAAGUGCCUUCACAGAGCUCAAGGUCCAUUGGCAAAUUUAUCUAUCAUCUGUCUCCCCUACUGAAAUGUGAACUUUGAUGAAGACGGGGGCCUUAUUUUUCUUGGUUGCUGCUCUACUUACAGCACUUAGACUAUUGCCUGGGCCAAAAUACGUCACUGUUAAAAAAUUAUAUAUUGAAUAAACAAAUACUUGUGAAGGGCAGACAAAAUCGGAGGCAGUGCCCCCUGUGACAAAUUUGAGCCAGUUUUCUUUUUUGCAAAUUAGGAGUCCACCUGGUGGUCAUAGCGGGAAAAACAUACAGGGGAAGUGAGAAGCAAUGCAAGCUGCAACAUCUCUGGUUCUCAGUACCCUGUUCACAAAUUUAGAAUUGAUCCUGUCUCUAUGUAUAUUUUCUUCUGGGGUGGAUGGGUAUCCCAGGUUCUCAAGGAGUCACAGUCCCAAUCGCUAAGAAGACCCUUACUAGUUGCCACAGUUUAUGGAUUUGCCCUCUUUCUCUGAUGCUCCCUCACAUCCUGGAGGUCCCCGGGUUUGCUCACGACCAAUCCUGUCCGGUGGGAUUCCAGAGCUAUCACUUUCAUCUCCAGACUUAGGCUCCCAAUUUCCCAGUGUUGGAAUGUUUCCCAGCUUGCUGACUGUGAUUUUGGGGUAAUUCCCAUCUCCUAAAAUAGUAGUGAGGAUUAAAUAAAGCACACCUGCAAAACGCUAACCACAAUUCAGUGGCCUAUAGUGAGCGUCCAGUAAAGAGAUGGUUAUUUCAGCUCCUUGGCUCUGGCUGCCCCUCCUCCUCUGGCGCUGCGAGCCUGUCUCGCAGAGCAGAGAAUCAAGGCUGCAGGGUUCAGGGCGGGGAUUAGUUUCCGGUGUCACUUAAUCUGGGCGACUCUUCCGUAAUUGGAGCCCUCCUAGGGGUCAAGGUGGUAUAAACGUGCGGGAGGAGCCCCAGGCUCACAGAGGCUGCGAGAUGAAGCAGAGUGCAGGAGACAAGUUGCUGUUUCUGCUGUGGGCGACGUGCUGCCGACGUGCCCUAGCAAAUGGUCCGAGCGGCUAUACGUCGGUCAUCGAGGUGACCAACGGGGGCCCUUGGGGCGACUGGGCCUGGCCCGAGAUGUGUCCUGAUGGAUUCUUCGCCAGCGGGUUCUCCAUCAAGCUGGAGCCCCCCCAAGGCAUUCCUGGAGACGACACCGCUCUGAACGGGAUCCGGCUGCACUGCGCUCGCGGGAAUGCAGAGCGCAACACGCACGUGGUGGAGUCCCAGUCUGGCAGGUGGGGUGCAUGGAGUGAGCCGCAGUGGUGUCCCGGCGGCGGCUUCCUCGUUGCUUUCUCACUUCGCGUGGAGGUACCCACGACGCCUGGGGACAACACGGCUGCGAACAACGUGCUCUUCCGCUGCUCAGACAGCACGGAGCUGGAGGGGCCUGGCCUGGCCUGGGGAGAUUUUGGAGACUGGAGUGAGCCGUGCCCUAAAGGCAUGUGCGGCUUGCAGACCAAGAUCGAGCGGCCUAGGGGCCUCCGCGAUGACACCGCGCUUAACGACGUGCGCUUUUUCUGCUGCCGCAGUUAACGUUAACGCUGCCACGGCCCUCUCCCCGGUCCAGAGGGUACUUCCCGUCCUCCUGCUAUUAAAGCAUCUCUGUCUUGGC